CCAUCUAAAACUUCUUGUCUUUUUUUUCUUUGAAGUCUUUCUCUUGUCAAGCUUCAUUCGUAGAGAUUAGGAAGGAACAAUGUCUGGACUUAAGACCUGGCAAGCCAUCGUUAUCGCCAUUGCGCUGUUCAUCAUUGUCAUACUCUCUGUUCUUUCAUUUUGUCUCAUUUGGAAAAAGAAAUCAAGAAAAUCCAAAACCUUAAGUCUUCCCAUCAUCCAAACCCCUGUGGUGUCAAAGGAGAUCAAGGAAGUCAGAAUCGAGCAUGUCUCAACGAGUAGUAACUUCGACCCUCAGGACGAAAACAACAAUGAAUCUGACAAAUUCUUGCUUAAUUUGGAUAUGGAGAAGAAGACAGAGAAUGGUUUGAGUAGUAGCCGGUCUGGUUCAGGCAAAGAAGGUUAUCUAUGUGUUGCAAACCGGUCUUCUUCAUCAUUGUAUGAGAUGGCUACACCAUCACCAUCACCUCUUUCCGGUUUACCUGAGUCACACCUUGGAUGGGGUCAUUGGUUUACUCUGAGAGAUCUUGAAAUAGCAACAAACAGAUUCUCAAAGGAAAAUGUGAUUGGUGAAGGAGGAUAUGGAAUUGUAUACCGAGGAGAGUUGGUCAAUGGGUCUCAUGUCGCCGUGAAAAAGAUCCUUAACCACUUGGGACAAGCUGAGAAAGAGUUUAGAGUAGAGGUUGAUGCUAUCGGUCAUGUGCGUCACAAGAACUUGGUACGUCUACUAGGAUACUGCAUUGAAGGCACAAACAGGAUAUUGGUUUAUGAGUAUAUGAACAAUGGGAACCUCGAAGAAUGGCUUCACGGAGCAAUGAAACAUCACGGAUAUCUAACUUGGGAAGCUCGAAUGAAAGUUCUCACUGGCACAUCCAAGGCCUUUGGUGUCUUGGUCUUAGAAGCAAUAACCGGAAGAGAUCCUGUGGAUUACGCCCGUCCUGCUAAUGAGGUGAAUCUAGUUGAGUGGUUGAAGAUGAUGGUAGGAUCUAAGAGAUUAGAAGAAGUCAUUGAUCCAAACAUAGCGGUUAGGCCAGCGACUAGAGCACUGAAACGAGUACUUCUUACAGCACUUAGAUGCAUUGAUCCUGAUUCUGAAAAGAGACCUAAAAUGAGCCAAGUUGUGCGUAUGCUCGAGUCUGAGGAAUAUCCCAUACCAAGAGAGGAGCGGAGAGUGCGCAGAACGCAAGAGGAAAACUCGGAUACCGAUAGAAGCACACCGGUUUCAAGAUCACAGAGCAAGAGACUGUAAUAAUCAGAUAAACCAUUAGAAACAGAGAUCUUUGCUGGGCGUGCGGCUUAUUCUCUGUUCUUUGAAAGUUUGUUGCUUCUUCUGCAUUUUCUUGUUCUUGUUUUUGGGAAUAUUUUUCUUUCAUUUUUCCUGGUUUUUGCAUAUGAAUGAACAGAUGAUAGAGAG